CACCGACUUCGUAAAAUUUCUUCUCAUUUCUUUUCACGAACAAAAGUUGACUAGAACAGAACGCCAAGAGCUCUUGAAUCGAUAUCCGCCACAGCAAUGUCCGCUCACUGUCCUUGGUCUGCCCAUGAGGGCUGUUGCCGUGCUCAUCCUUCGACGCGAGACCAACCGCCGCAGCCGCCCAUUCACCGCAUUGAAAUACCAGAACAGAAAUUGGAGCCCAGUAAUGCCGCUUCCAAUGGAGGUCAGCCUCCUCCUCCCUAUAUCGACCCCCGCUCUUCCUAUGCCAUUACGCCGAUUCAUCUGGCUGUUGAGCAUCAUCUUUCCCUCCAACAUCUGGAUUGUGUCCGUCGUCGCCUUGAGGAAAAGCCAACUCCCCAGUUGGUUCCCGAACUUUCAGCCAAAGGCAGCAUUUCACGUUCGGACGGCACACGCAUUGAAUGGAACAGUUACGUUUACUUCGAAAGGGGUCGUUUCCUACAAAGGCAGCAGACCUUAUACCUUAGGAAAGAUGGUAUGGCAAAACGGAAGGAAAAUUUCAUCAGCUGCCCUCAUCACAGCAUCGAGAUUGAUGGGCCAACAUUCGGAUUCCAAGAUGACCGCUUGACCGCGAAAACCCUGAUUGUGAAUAACCCGCCACGAUGCGAGGUGCAUUUUGGAGGUACGGAGUGGAACAGUCUGCACGGCGAUUACCUUCAGAUGAACGUCUGUCAAAUCUGCCACUGUGAUGCAGAGUGUAUCAUUGCGCUAGAGAUUGACAACCUCUUUGUUUGGUACACAUGCUACAAAGAUCUUGGCACGGGCGACGCGAGCAAUCCAGACGCAAAGUGGAUUGCCCUCCUCACGGGUCGGGGGACUCCAUGCAGGGAUACGGAGAGCUUCGAACUGUACGCUCGCGUCUGGGGAGCCGCCAAAUCUCUCGACCAAAGGGGGCUCGAGGAUGUGACGCACCGUAACUCUCGUGGCGUUUUCAAUGUCUACAGUCAUUGGAUGCAAAGUCAAAAUACUCAAAACCAGGAGACUACGGAUCGAGGUACCUGAUGUGAACAGGCCGCAAAUCGGAGGAGGUUGGAUAGGAGCGGUUACCAUGGACCUGGAGGCUGGACCAGGAAGCUGGACCUGGACCUGGCUUUAUCUUGGCACGCAUGGAUGCUACUGUCGAUUACUCCGGAUCGAUUAGGAAGGAGUUGGGUUUUAUGCAGUUGGUUCUGUUCAAGUGUGAACGCUGCAGCCAACACGCAGCAAGUCGCACAUCACCAACAUGAAUUCGGACAUGUCGCAUUCCACGCCACUUUGGCUCGCCACCAACGAGACUCGAUGGCACGAACCAACAGCCGUGUUCAAAUACCUGGGCUCGACUCUCGUCUCGAGGCUAAAAUGUCAUUUAUUAGCCCCUCUCGCCCACCAUGGCUCAAGAAAAGCAUCGUGAAACCAUGCACUUCUCGCCGGAUUUC